AGCGAGAAAGACCAAGCUUAACACUAUAAAACCUAAAUGGUGAGACUACGGGUUUGAAAAACGAUCGUAAAAGUACGACCCGAGGGCGGAAAUAUUCUGGAUAUGUAUGUGGGUGGAUCAUUGUUGGGUCAGCCCUGGCUAGACCAUUGCAAAUUCAGAAUCUGAAUCCUGUGAUGGUUUCUUCAUAUUGUUACCCUGUACCUGGAGAGUUGCUAUGAGAAUUAGCUUGAGGUAGGUUCCAUACCAUCGAUGUUCCCAUAAUUGACCUAUGAUGCUGAAUGUUGAAGUGGGGUUUGACGACCUCAUCACUAACCAGCGUCACUCACAGCAAUCUCACAACGGUCAAGUACAGCAACAAAGUUCCCGUAAUAGCUCACAACUCUCACUGUCCAUGAGACCUGUAACGCGAUCCAUCCAGCGAACAACUCAGAUUUUCGGCCAUCUUCAACACACAAUGUCAGCACACCACCCGUUACGAGCGCCAUGGCGCUCAGCUUUUCUAUCCCACGUUGACAAGAUGGAAUCUCCAACUUUCAUGCUCAGUACCCUUCACCAUCAUGGCUCUUCAGUCACUCCUCGUUCCCGUACCGUCGUGUAUCGAGGCACAUGGGCUGAGAUUCCCGUCAACCCCAAGAACCAGGCACCUCUCAACCCCUCCCUCUACGAGAGCGACCUUCUCACCAUCACUACUGAUGCUCGUAUGGAAAAAAUCCCCGAAUUAUCAACAGAUGGAGAGAGCAUCCCACAGUCUGGCGGCGGUGGACCUGUCGAAGCUGUCUUCUGGGUCGUAGAGACCAAAACUCAGUGGCGUUUACGCGGCCGCGCUUAUCUCCUUGGCCAAGAUAUCGAUGAUCCAUCAGCCUCACACAUCAGGCAAGAGAUAGAAAAUUAUAUGCGACUCAAGAAUAAUGAUGAUUCGGGUUCCUGGAAUUGGGGCAAAGAGAUCACUGCACACUUUGGAAACUUGAGCCCUGGCAUGCGAGGAUCGUUCCGAAAUCCCCCUCCUGGCACAAAACGAGAUGAAAAGCCCGCUCCUGGACUCGGACUCGGGCAGAAAGUCGAAGAUCUUGACGAUGAGAUUGCAAGGAAGAAUUUCCGUGUUGUGGUGAUUGUGCCAGAGGAGGUGGACCGGGUUGACCUAAGUGAUCCUGAGGAUGGCAGGAGAUGGAAUUAUAAGUUGAAGGAUGGUUCUUGGGAGAAGACUGAGCUGUGGCCUUGAAGUGGCACACCGGUGAGCCUGAGCUGUCAUAUAUCAAGGCUUGUUUGAAAGACAAACCCAUAUAAGGACCAGGUUAAACUGGCGAAUGAUGAGUGAAUUGGAGGAACCAUUAUUCACC